UUUUUUUUUUUUUUAUAAUUUUAUUGUUGAAGUACAGAAGGAAAAAAACCUCCAUAAACACAAAAAGAAUGUUUCGCACACUCUCUUCCGACCUCCAAACGACACGCAUCUUCUGACAAAACGACAGCAAAAAGAAGCGACCCACCCACUACCACCACCACUACCACCACCUCAAAGGGUGAGACCGAACGAAUGGACCAAUCAGUCCUUGAUGACAUAAUCAAUCGGCUUCUUGAAGUCCGAGGCCGUCCCGGAAAGCAAGUUCAGCUUUCGGAAUCGGAGAUCCGGCAACUCUGUGUAGUUUCUAGGGAGAUUUUCUUGCAACAGCCUAAUUUGUUAGAGCUUGAAGCACCCAUCAAGAUUUGUGGUGAUAUACACGGUCAAUACUCCGAUCUUUUGAGGCUUUUUGAGUAUGGUGGAUUCCCUCCUAAAUCCAAUUACUUAUUCUUGGGAGAUUAUGUGGAUCGAGGCAAGCAAAGCUUGGAAACAAUAUGUCUUCUCCUUGCAUAUAAAAUAAAAUAUUCCGAGAACUUUUUUCUCUUGAGGGGAAAUCAUGAAUGUGCUUCUAUAAACCGUAUAUAUGGAUUUUAUGACGAGUGUAAGAGGAGAUUCAAUAUAAGGCUAUGGAAGACGUUUACAGAUUGUUUUAACUGCUUGCCAGUGGCAGCCCUAAUUGAUGAAAAAAUCCUCUGUAUGCAUGGGGGCCUUUCUCCUGACCUGCAUAAUUUAGACCAAAUCAGAAACUUAUCGCGACCAACUGAUGUACCAGAUACGGGCUUGCUCUGUGAUCUUCUCUGGUCUGAUCCAAGUAAAGAUGUUCAAGGUUGGGGGAUGAAUGACAGGGGAGUUUCAUAUACAUUUGGUUCUGACAAGGUUACAGAAUUUCUUGAGAAGCAUGAUUUGGAUCUCAUUUGCCGUGCUCACCAGGUUGUGGAGGAUGGAUAUGAAUUUUUUGCAAAUCGACAACUUGUGACUAUAUUUUCAGCACCUAACUACUGUGGGGAAUUUGAUAAUGCUGGUGCAAUGAUGAGUGUGGAUGAAACACUGAUGUGCUCUUUUCAAAUAUUAAAGGCUUCUGACAAAAAUUUGAAAUUCAACUUUGGGAGCACAACUACAAAUAAACCUGGAAAUCCAUCGACAGUUUUUGGGAGCACAACCACAGCUAAACCUGGAAACUCUCCUGCAGGAGUCAAGUCCUUCCUUGGUGCCAAGGUAUGAGAUUUGGUGUUAGCAGAUUAUAGCCUGCAGGAGAUGUACCAUCAGCAGCACAUUUAGCUCAAGAACACGUAAAAGGUGGUGACAGAAGAUUGUGGUCCAUUAAGCAUUAAUUUCACUUGUAAUAUGUGGAAAAUUGUAAAAUUUUAGAGGAAAAAUAUAUUAGAAACUAAAGCAAAGCUUGUUUUUCUUGAUAUAAAAAUUGGGUUUGAAGAUAAAAAACGGCUGUAAUCUGCUUUUUUCUCCUAACCUUGCCUCUGUACACUAAUAGAUGUUUUAUUUGCUGCUAUGAAUUAUUACAUAUCCCUCUGCUUUUGAGACUUUA